AUGGCUCCAUCCUAUGGACUUGCAGAAAACUGUACAUUUGUAUCCACUGCAUGGGGACCCAAUAUAAGCCAAGCUCCUACUUCCAGAGGCCUUUUGCCUUGUGCAAGAAUUUGCUCACAAUUAGAAUUGGGCAUUGAGAUGAUAGUUGUUGAUCCAAAGACUUGUGAAGAAGUAGCAGCUGGCGAAGAAGGUGAUAUUUGGAUAUAUUCUCCAAGCAAUGCAAACGGCUACCUGGACAACCGAUGGCUCACAAACGAGGUAUUCCUUGCAAGGCCAAAGAGAAAAGGAGAUUGGGAAAACGGAAGAUUUUACUUAAGAACAGGAGAUAUGGGAGAUAUGGGUGUUAUUACAAAGGGCAUUGAUAAGUAUUUGUAUAUCACUGGUCGUCUUAAGGACAUUAUAAGAAAAAGAGAUCAUUUUGUGCAUCCUCACUAUCUUGAAACAACUGCUUUCAUGAGGUGCACUCAAAGUUUGAGAGCAGGUUGUGCUGCUGCCUUUGAAGCAGACAUAACUAGAUGUAACACAAAUGUAAUAGUAGUGACUGCUGAACUGAAGAAUUUUGAGCAUGAUUAUAUCACAGCCCAAGAUGAAGAGAGGAUGAAGAGAAUUUGUGAAAAUAUUUAUGUAUGUAUUGAGAAAGAGAAUGGAGUGGCUGUUGGCUUUGUUGGGUUGGUUAAAGCUCGGUGUAUUCCAAAGACUACAUCAGGAAAGUUAUAG